CAUCCUCUGUGGACCAUGAAUGUCUGCACCAAAUGAUAGUUGAGAUAUUUCAGCCUGGCCCAUAGCAGAUGACCGAUCAACCCACCAACAGAUUGAUAUUUCCAUCCCUAGAGCCAUGCUGCUAGUGUGGCGAAAAACUUAGAUGUGCCCCUAAACAUAUGCCUAAAUAUUGAGUUUUCAGGUGAAAACAGCUGUGUAACAACUGGUCUUCCAUGUGUAGUUUUGCAACUUUUUGUUUAACAUCUACUUUUUGUAUGAUCGCUUGAAUGUCUGCAGGAGACUAUUUGGAAAGAAAAGUACCUCAGAAAGUAUUUUGGUGGGUUCAACUGGAGGACAUCAAAGCUUUGUGAGGAGAUUAUGAGGAUGAAUUUGACUUCCAAAACUUUGUCAGCGUAGCAGCAGCUGAGUGUGUAGGCUCCAGGUUUAUUUAUAGAUCGGCUUUUUUUGGCUCAAGUGUGGGGUACGGGACAAAUUCAUAGCAUUGCAUAAGUUUGGCACAGUAGAGCUUUGGAUGUGUGUGUGUGUUUGAGGGAGGUAGGUUGCAGCUUUGUGGAGGCGACUUACAUACCAUCUGUCCAGGAAAUGAGGCAGAGAGAGAGUGAGAACACAGUCCACCCACAAAUGACAAGAAAGACAAGAGCUGGUCCAUUUCCAGCGAGAGCGAGAGAACAAUAUUCAUGUGUUUAUGAUGCAACGCUGGGGUUUGAACACCUACCUGUACGGUCCAAAAGAUGACCUGAAACACAGAUUGUUGUGGAGAGAAGUCUACUCUCCUGAAGAGGAGGGUCAGUUGCGCACUCUCAUAGCGGAGGCCCAGUCAAGGGGCCUGAGGUUUGUUUACGCCCUCUCUCCUGGUCAGGACAUCGUCUUCUCCUCUUCCUGUGACCUGACACUACUCAAACGCAAGCUGAGACAGGUAUCAGACCUAGGUUGCCAGGCUUUUGCCAUUCUGUUUGAUGAUAUUGAUCACUCCAUGUGUCAGGCCGACAGCGAGGCCUUCUCUUCAUUUGCUCAUGCUCAGGUCACUGUAACAAAUGAGAUCUAUCGGUUCUUGGGAGAACCGCCUGUCUUCCUCUUCUGUCCAACAGAGUACUGUGGUUCUCUGUGUUCUCCCAGUGUAUCUAAGUCUCCCUACCUGCAGACUGUUGGAGAGGAUCUGCUGCCCAACAUAACAGUAAUAUGGACAGGCAGUAAGGUCAUCUCCAGGAAGCUGUCUGUGGACUGCCUAGCUGAGGUGGAGUCUGUCCUCCAAAGGCCUCCAAUCAUCUGGGACAACUUGCACGCCAAUGACUACGACUCCAGGCGUCUCUUCCUGGGUCCUUUCAAAGGCCGAGAGCCUCAGCUGAAGAGCCACCUGAGGGGCCUGCUGCUCAACCCCAACUGCGAGUUUGAAGCCAACUACAUCCCACUGCAUACACUGGGAAGCUGGAACAGAGCUGGAAAAGAGGAGAAGAAAGAUGAGGAGUGUGAGUACUGUCCUGAUAGAGCUCUGUCUCUUGCACUACACGACUGGAUGGAAGAACUCAACCAACCACUACAAGCAGGUCGACAGAGUGCACGAGCAGAUCAGCGCACUUCUGCCCCAACAUCACGCUGCAAAACCCCUGACAGAUCUGACUGCCCUUCCACCUUUAGAGGGAACUCUACUGUGGCCAAACUCCCUGUCUUCCCCCUCAACUCCAGCUCACCCCCUCCCUCACCCACUAAGGUCAAAGGGGAGAGGGAGGGACGAGAGGGGGAGAAGAAGAGGCCAAACCAGCCCUCUCAACCCAACCACUCAGCUCUGGGAUCCAGACCUGGAGCACCCUCAGGUGUAGGCCGGGGACAGAAGGCCCAGGGUCGGGGGCAAAGUGGUGGUAAGGGCCAACUAAGCGAGUCCCAGGUGCGGCUGCUGGUUGGUCUUCAUUAUCUGCCCCACGAGCAUGGCCCGUCAGCCCAGAAACUGCUGCAGGAUCUGACCUGGUUGAAAACAAACUGCCACGUGGUCAGCGCUAAUAGCAAGAAGGCCCUGCCUCAGAAGGUUGAUGAGUGGCGUGGCCGUGCCUCCAGGUUCCUGUCCCUCUGUGAAGACAUAGCGCAGCUCCACUGCAGCGUGGUGGGUGGUGCCAACAGGGCAGUGCUCUAUGACCUUUACCCUUAUGUGUGGGACCUGAGGAACACAGCGCUAGUGGCAAAGGCUUUCAUAUGCUGGCUCGAGGGACGUGUGUUGAGUGACAGCUCCACACUGGGCUCUUGGAAGAAUUGCUUUCAUUGGUGUGGGAAGACCACAGGGGCAGACGUACUGGGAGUGGAGUCAGAGCCAUGGGUGUUCAAGGGGGGCGUGUCUGGGGAGGUGCAGAUGCUUCUCCCAAUAGGCAGCAGCAGUGAACUCUUCACUCACCCUCCUCCUCUCUUCCCUACCUCGCGUCUCUACAACAUCAGGCCCUAUCACAGCAAGGACAAGGUGGAAUUGUAUCGGAUGGUGCGCCAACUUCACCUGAGGACUCAGGGUGGCCAAGAGUCCACUGCUGCUCAUCCAGAUGUCAUAGGAGACAGAUGUCUCGGACCAUGCCUGGCAUUGUGCCCUGAGUACAGCUUCAUCCUGGAGGAUGAGCUGGGUGUGUGUGGCUGUGUAUUGGGCAUCUUGGAUGUUCGAUCUUUUGCCAAGCGUUGUCAGGCCAGCUGGCUGCCUGCCAUGAGGGAUAAAUACCCACCCAAAGGGGGCAACGCACACUCCAACACACAAGACCUGAUCCAGUUGAUGGAGGAGGACCAGGGAGAGUACCCAGACUCGCUGCUCUAUCACUUCCCCUCCCAGCUGCGACUGGAUGCCCUGCCUGAGCUGGUGGACAUCAGCGUCAGCCGCACCCUGCUCACCGCCCUCCUCACUGCACUCAAGGCCAACGGUUCUCAGGGUGUGUUCUGCGAGGUGCAGCCCACAGACCGUCAGAGGCUGGAGUUCUUGACGAAACUGGGCUUCCUUGAGAUCCUCAGAGGGGAAGCCAGGAGCAGAGAGGGCGUGGUGCUCGGGAGGCUGCUCUGAACACGAACACAUACACAUGCUCAUAUGCACACACACAGUCACACACAGACACCCAAAUACUCACACACAUAUACACACCAUCAGAAACAUGUCAGGACACUUGCAUCCCUACAGUAGAUACACAGAGGCACUUACACAACAACACUACGUACACCAAAAGAUGUUAAAAACACAGUAUGUAGAGUACAGCGUAGCGACAGCUAAGCUUUGCAAAGAGGCGGGAUCUGUAUUUUCUUCGUCAAGAGAGAAACCUUUAAGGGACAAUCCUGGAUUCCUUUGAGUCGGUGUGGCAGUAAUGAGGAUGAACCCAGAGAUUUCUGGAGGAUUUACAAAAUAUAAAAUAAGCUUUGAGUUGAAACCUUCAGCAGAGCUGUGCUAAUCUUUCCCGGAUUCCCGCCCUGGUUGAGGAUUACAAGGGUUAGUCAAAUUUCAAGGAAGUCAACAACAGAGUAGAUUGAGAUGGGAGCAGAGUGCUUGAUGACAGCAGCUAGAGAGUUUUUGACAUUCACACACAUGUGCUUUAGCUAUAAACAGCUAUAAACAGAAUAGCUAUACACAUGUGCAAAAGGUGUGUAAUAACUUAGACCAUCUUCAUCAUCAUUAAAUGAUCAGUUGAAAAAUUGAAAAUGUAUUAGACUACUUAUGGGUGUAGAAUUAAAAAAGAGGGCCUUGAAAACCUAUUUUCUCAAUCAGCUUCUUAUUACGAGUGAUGGGAUCUUACAUCAAUACAACAUUUUCUGCCAAAGUUACAACAGCUUUGGUCAUUUUUCAUGGGCUUUUGCUGUAUUAUUGUUCUUGUUUGUGCUCUGUUCACUGGUUAGAAGUGAGCAGGACCCUGUUGGAAAAGGUAACAUCACAAAUUGCUGUGCAAUCAAUCAGGAUUUAGCAAUAUUUCAAUCAAUAUCUGGCAGUUGUUGGAUGUUUUGGCCACUGUCAAUCAAAUAUGAUCAAACUACAUGCUCUACAGCAGUCCUAAUGAGGCAAAUAAGCUCAGUGAGUGUUAAACUCUAAUCUUUACAUUAAGUGUAAUAGCGAAAUACUUUCAAUUUGAAACCAUGUUUUCAGGAGCUUUAAAGCUGCUUAUGAGAAUUAACAGUCCAGGACAUGAGGCUUGUUUAUGUGUAUUACAGGAAGCAGCAGAGUUGCUGAUAUUGAAAUGACCAUGUGGAGUUUCUGACCAUUAGUAAUGUUUUUACAAGUGGGUCCAUGUUUUGUUUGUAUCGCUCACGCAGGCGGUGUGAUUUAUAUCCUGCCAAUGGUUUCACACUAUUCUUUUGAUUGACAAGUGGUGGCGGUAAUGUGCCAACAAACAUGGCAAUACUCCAACAAAGGCAGUGAAGAAGACUGCUGGCUAGCAAACUUGGGUGUAAAGAAUGCAUGAUUUAAAGUACUGUAUUAAAAAAAAUAUUUUGCAAAUUUAGAAAUAUUUUCUAAGCAGGGAAAUGCAUUCAAUAUGUUUGUUAGACCAAGAUCAAGGAUACAUACAUACUUCAACCAUCUGCCCUGCUGAAGUGUCCUUAAAUAGGGCACUAAACCCUAAACGAUCCUCAGAGCUGAUGCUCCUAGUUGACCUUUACUCCUGACCUACCUGGACGGAGUAAGAUCUUAACUUUUCUGUUUGGGUUGACAUAAAACAAUCCCCUGCUCACCAACGCCACAACUAAACUGCUGUUAAACUGUUGAUCUUGUGCUCUGCUCCCACAGCUUUAUUCAUGAACAGUGAUUUUUGCUUUCUUAAAAAGAUAGGAUGUUAUUUUCUAGCUCCUGUCCUGUUGAUUCAGUAGAGUCUGCUAACAGUAGGCCAGACCCAGGCACGGCGUCACUGUUUACACUUGCUUAGUUUAGAUGAAUGUUUACAUGCAUGAAGAAAAAUACAUUGUGUGGCUGUUCACAAAGUAGGAUUACAUGUAUACUGACAUUGACAUAAACAUAUAAUUAUAAUUUCAAUGAAAUGCUCCAACAUGGCAACAUUAACAAAGAUAUUUUUAUUGGAAUUUUUUCCAGCCAUUAUAGCUGUUAAGUCUUAGGAGAAAACAUAAAAACAAAAUGCAAGUGCAUGCAUGCUAAAAUUCAUUAGAAACAGCAAAAAUCAUCAAGUUGUUCAGAUUUCUGUGAAUAAAAAACAAUCAUGCUGACACAUAUGUUACAUAAAACACACAUACACACAUACAGACACACUUACACACACUUAUCUGAAGUUUACACUGGGUUUAAUUGGAUAUAAUAAAUACCUCUCCCUCAUUUCACAUCAUUUACAGCUUACAGUUGUUAGAUACUGUAAACAUCACCAGUGUGUGUGUGUGCGUCAGUAUGUGUGUGUAUACUUUGUACUUGGUGUAUGUGUGUGUGUCUGUGCGUGUCUGUCCAAAAUACCAUUUAAGACAGCUUUGUCAUUCUGCCUUCAUUCUGAAACAUGUUGAACACAUACAUACAAGUAAGCAUUCACAUAUAAACACAUGCGCACACACCUAGAAACAUACAACACACACACAUACACACACACAGUCAUGCUAAAAGAAGCACAACAGCACUCACAAUCAAAUCUUCAACUGAAAGUACGUAGAACUACGAAUGUUCAUUUUUUUGUAAUGCAGCUUAAAAAAAAAGACACAACUACUGUUUGUGCAACUAUCUAUAUUUAUACUUUUGUUCUUUUUUUAUAAUUAUGCUCUAUCAAUCACAGACUGAAAGGCACUUUUGUAUGUUUCAUCUUAUUACUAACCUCAUCACCAUUGUCUGUGAGGAAGUUCAUGAUAAGAUGAUAAUCUCGUCCCAGAACUGAAAAUCUUGUAGGCAAAAAAUCCUAAAAGCAAUGAGAUAGAAAUGCAUGAUGUAAAGAAAUGUUUUAGAAAAGAUGUCAUUGUUUGUGGCAGAAUGUCUUGUAUUGGAAAAAAAAAAUCCUUUUUAAAUUUUUUUAAUCUCAUACUACAGUUUACGGUGUGCACAUUUAAAAAUGUGUGUGUGAAUGUUGGCAUGUGUGUGUUUGGGAAUAGAGAUGGUAAAUAUACAUAAAAAUAAUCUACACAGGCAACGUGAAGCACUGUGAAAAAAAGUCUGAUUAAAGAACCACAUCUAAAUACUUCACUUUUUCCAUAUAAGAUCAUUUAAAAAUAACAAUAACAAUAAUUCAAACAGUUGCCUUUAACCUCCUGGCCUAAGCAGCUGACCACUCCGUCCAUUUCAGAAACACAUUACCUGUCGUCUGUGUGUUCUCAUUGUCUCACUGUCUGCCUGCACUGAGGUACAUGUACAGUAUGUUUUUACAGUGGAGUGCUUUAUGUAGUAAGUCCAUACAGGGUAUCGGAGGGGUGAAAAAAUAAUUACUGUAGAAUUCAGUCUGUGUUUUUAUUGACAAUAACAGUAAAACUGUCAUUUUAACAAGUGAUUUUAUUGAACUGACUUGAU